ACAUCAGUCCACGCCCACCGCACCCGGAAGUACUGCGGGUUUGAGGAUUUGUUUUGAUGUCAUCAUAACAAGUUAAAUCGUUGUUUUUUUCACAUCUUAUUUAGAGUCACUACGUUUGAAUGCUCCUUGGAUGCAAUAUUUUUCAGUCACGCCUUAUUUUAUUUCGAAAUUCGAGAUCGGGAAGUUCACGUUACGAGUACAACUUAAGAAAGAAACGCAAAUCCUCGGAGGAACUGCUAACCACAAUGAAUAACUGGUUAAAAUGAUUUGCCAUAUAACUUACCCGUUAAGCUGAACUCAGUUUUCAGCAUUUAAACCUCAGUCAUGGAUUGUACAGCUCUUGAACUCGAUGCUAUUAAAUUUGCCAAAUCAGCUGUACUGCAUGAUCAGAAGGGGAAAUACAAUGAAGCUGUUUUCUACUAUAAGGAGGCUGCCCAGGCUCUCAUCUAUGCAGGCAUGGCUGGAUCCAAUCUAGAGAGCAUCCAAGAUAAGGUGAACGAGUACCUGGACAGAGUACAGACCCUGCUCAGUGCCGUUCAAGCACAGAGCACUGACCCGCUGAAGAGUAAGCAUCAGCUGGAUCUGGAGAGAGCGUACUUCCUGGUGACACAGGCUUUUGAAGAAGAUGAGAAGGAAAACACAGAUGAGGCCAUUGAGCUCUAUACACAGGCUGUGGAGUUGUGUAUUCAAGCGUCCAAUGAGACGUCAGAUCAAGCACUGCAGGGGAAACUGAAGCAGCUUGCUCGGCAGGCUCUGGACAGGGCAGAGGGACUGAAAGACUCUCUUAGUAAACAGGCAAAUCAGGACAAGCCCGUCUUCUCAGCAUCCAAAGGCCCUGCUCAGGUGAGGCAGUUCUUUCCACUAGGCCCAGACUUCUCUCUUCAUGACAAAUCGCAGCCGGUCCGAGCAGUGCAGUCCAGUGAGCCAGGGGGUCAACGCUACACAGCGGAGGAAAUUGAGGUGCUCAGGAAGACCUCGAAGAUAAAUGGAAUCGAAUAUGUUCCAUUCAUGAGUGUUGACCUGAGGGAACGUUUUGCUUUUCCUGUUCCAUUCUCGGACAAAUGUGGAAAACUGGCUCUGUCGCCAAAGCAGAAAGCCAUAUUCUCACGCUGGGUUCGACCUGAUGACAUCUGCAAUAAUCCCACCAUGAUCUACACUGUGUCCAGCUUCAGCAUCAAGCAGACGGUUGUGUCAGAUUGUUCCUUCAUUGCCUCAUUGGCCAUCAGUGCAGCAUAUGAGAGACGCUACAACAAAAAGUUAAUCACAAGCAUCAUCUACCCACAGAACAGAAAAGGAGAGCCAGAGUAUAACCCUUGUGGGAAGUACAUGGUGAAACUGCACAUUAACGGCGUCCCGAGAAAGGUGAUUAUUGAUGAUUUCCUCCCGGUGGAUCGCAAUGGCGAGCUGCUUUGCUCCUACUCCAGUAAUCGCAAUGAACUUUGGGUGUCGCUCAUUGAGAAGGCUUACAUGAAGGUCAUGGGAGGAUACGAUUUCCCAGGCUCCAAUUCUAAUAUUGAUUUGCACGCUCUCACUGGCUGGAUCCCAGAACGUAUCGCUAUGCACUCAGACAAUCAAUCCUUUAACAAAGAUGACACUUUCCGCAUGCUUUACCAGAGGUUUCACAGAGGAGAUGUUCUCAUCACCACAGCGACGGGGGUCAUGACUGAGGAGGAGGGGGAGAAGUGGGGUUUAGUGCCCACCCAUGCAUACGCUGUCCUAGACAUCAGGGAACACAAGGGUAAACGCUUCCUCCAGCUGAAGAACCCAUGGAGCCAUCUCAGGUGGAAAGGACGAUAUAGCGAACGUGACGAGAAGAACUGGACACCAGAUCUUCUCAAAUACCUCAAUUUUGACCCCAAAACGGCACAGAAGUUUGACAAUGGUGUAUUUUGGAUCAUCUGGGAAGACUUGUGCCAGUAUUACGACGUCAUCUAUUUGAGCUGGAGUCCAGCACUGUUUAAAGAAUCCUCAUGCAUUCACAGUAGCUGGGACGGGAAACAGGGACCAGUGAAAGAUGCCUACAGCUUGGCCAAUAAUCCUCAGUACAAGCUGGAAGUGCAGUGUCCUCAAGGGGGCGCUGCAGUAUGGGUCCUACUCACCAGACACAUCACUGACAAGGAUGACUUUGCUCAAAACCGGGAGUUUAUUACAUUAGUAGUUUACAAGACCAAUGGAAAGAAAGUCUAUUAUCCAGCUGAACCUCCUCCCUACAUUGAUGGUAUCAGGAUCAACAGUCCUCACUACUUAACCAAGAUCAAGCUGACUGGUCCAGGAACUCACGCCUUCACACUGGUGGUCUCUCAGUAUGAGAAACAAAACACCAUCAACUACACAUUAAGGGUGUACUCGGUAUGCAAGUUUAAUUUCUCCAAAAUCCCAACACCCUUCACCCAGACCAAAAGAAUAAAUGGGCAGUGGAAGGGGGCCAGUGCUGGAGGUUGUGGAAACUAUAGAGAUACCUUCAAGAACAACCCCAUAUACCAGUUCAACAUGGACAAAGCAGGUCCUCUGCUAAUCGAACUCCGUGGCUCCAGGCAGUACAGCGUGGGCUUUGAGGUGGUGACCGUAUCUACUGCAGGGGAAUCUGGAUCAUCAGAAAAAAGAGGGAGUGGAGAUUACAGAUGCGGUUUCUGUUACAUGGAGGUUGAGAACUUGCCUGCCGGGAUUUACAAUGUCAUCCCCUCUACCUUCCUGCCCAAACAGGAAGGCCCGUUCUUCCUGGACUUCAGCAGUGCCACUCCACUGCGGGUCUCUCAGCUGCAAUAACAGUCCCAUUGCAUCGGCCCGCCGGAUUGUUCUGCAGCUAUGAGACACUGAAGAAGCUUUAUACUCUCCUCUUAGUUCUGCAGUCCACAUUCAAAGAUGACAGUGUGUAUGUCCACUUGACCUGAAAUGACUGUUUUUCACUCAGGAGACUGCAAUAAAACAGGGAUGUAUAUUAAUGAUGUCUGAUGAUAGAUCAGAGUGAUCUAUUUCUGUCUCCACACUAAGGGCUCUUCCUCUGGUUUGUUCGCUGGUGUCCAAGUAGAAAGACCUCCAAGUUACUGGGCUUCUGUCUUCAGCAGGCACAGAAUGAGUGCACUUUUAUCAAAAAAAAAUUGCACAGAUCUAAAGCAUUGCUUUUUAUGUCUUUAUACUUUUUCCCCCAUCAUGUGCAUAAAAUGUCAACUCUAUUUACCAGCACAGAGUACUGCUCGCUCACAGAACUCACAUUGUCCUGAAUUUUCAAACAUCAUAAUCUUCUGACUGAAGGUGAUGUUCUGUAAUGGGGAUUGUUCAAGUUGAUUCGAAUUUGCUCUGACGUAUUUAUUUGCAAAUUAAAAGGUGUACAUGUUGUCAGACAUGAUCACAUCUUUCUAACAGAUUUACCUCAGGAACUCCUUACAGUAAGAAACUGUAUAUCAACAAUGAUAUAACAAUGAAUAUCUGUUAUAACUGUAUGUAACAAUGAAUAUCACCAUGACUUUUUUUUUUUUUUUAGCAUUUAUUGUUCUUGGUUAAUUUUCAUAUUUACAUUUAUCAGGUGCUUGGUUUAUAUUUUGGCUGCAUGUGUAUCGCCAUGAGCUUGGUAGCUGUAUAUACAGAGCCUUUUCACAAGUUUGGGGUCAGAGAGUAUUUUUCUCCCCUUGUUCUUUAGUUUUUCCACCUUUUCUUAAUGAAGUCAUUAAGUUGAUCAAAAGUGACAUCAGAAUAAUGCCACAAAAGAUUAAUAUUUUCAAAUAAAUGCUGUUAUUUUAAACCGAAGACCAGAAUAAUAGCUGCUGAAGAUUCAGCCUUGCCAUCAAAGGAAUAAAUUAUAAUGAAAAAAUAUAUUAAAAAAAUAAAUCAAAUAACAGUAAUAUUCUGUGACGUAAACUACUCGAAACUUCGCAAUUUUAAAGUGCAACGAAGCAAACAUUUUGCUGUUUGUGUUUUCAGCAUGCACACAUUCAAGCAUUUGUAGGCUUGUUUUAUAAUAAUGCGUCAGAUAUCAUUUCAGGUAUCAUUUUAUUUCAGUCUGAAAACAAUUACACAAGCUUGUUGUAAACAACAAAUGACUAAACGCCAUAAAUCACUUUAAUACUGCUACAAGUUUUCUUUCCUCACCGUCGGUUCUCCAAUCGACAAUAACCAAUGAACUAACAGAACAAACAGAUGGAGAUUGUUUGGAAAGCCAAAAAAAAAAAAA